CAAACAGACAGGAAAUACCAACAUCGCACAGCGCGGCAUCAUUUCGGAGCCACCUCUCAGGUAGAUGCGAAGAACUCUGUCCAGGUUCACAGACACAGCGACACAUCGAUAUCUCGUCACAAAAACUCCACAGAGGCCUUGGAACAGUCGUACUCGACUCUCUCUAGAUCCACAGCUUUCAGUGGGAGUGACAUUCUGUCAGGGGGCACUCAGUACACCCUCUCCAGCAGCAAUCAAUGCUCCUCUCGUGUAAACUACCCCCUCAGCCCGAAUGGGUAUCUUGUAGACUCAGGCUACGAGACAGCAAAGUGCAAAGCCUCAAAGUCCAAUGACAUUGAUGAACAACUUCAGAAUUGUAGAGACCCGUUGCCUCGAUAUCAGCCAUCUGAGGAAGGAGAAGUGGAGGAUGACUGGACUUUUGUCCACAAUGUAACCGACAUGGAUCUGGAAUCAGGUUCGCAAAGUCAGAGAUUUCCGUCGUCUAGCGGAACUCUUUCUAGAAGAACAGGCAAUAAGGCGGAACUUUGCUUCGAUGAGAACGGCAGCGCGGCAUUGAAGGAUUUCAUGGCAGAUCCGUCGCACAAGUUCUGGACUUGGAGCCAGGACGAGGAAUUAUGGUAUCACGAAGAUCCGAAGACAGGGAGCAAAAUCUGGUGCCCGAAGGAAUUGGACUAG